AUGUUAUUAGACGUCAAGCUUGCCAAUUCGAAUGGCGCAAAAUCUUUUUCGGACGCCUGUGAGAAACGCAACCACGAGUAUGUCGGCUGGUCAGAAUAUGGCGGUCAUCGUGUUGCUUUAGUUUGUCGCUACCAGAGGCUCAACAAGUUGACAAGAUGGCAGGGACCGACGAAGAAACAAGCGCUACCUCUGAAGAUCUAUGUAGUUCAGAUUACCGAGAGAUAG